AUGAUUUGCUCAAUCCUUUCGCACCAGAAUCAAAGCAACGAAAAUCGCCGGGUCUCAAGAUACUCCAUCGAGCGUUCUAGCAAGGACGAUGUGUCGACAGCAUGUCUGGACAUUCUGGUUGAGUCCCCACCUCUCGUCUGCUAUGGCCCACCUUCCUCUUCCACCGGCGCACUAUUCUCAGGCCGCUUGCGCAUCUCAGUCACCGAAUUGGCCGGGGAGGUGACCUUGAAUCAAUUCAAUGCGCGCUUCAUCUCCAAGACGACCAACAAGAAACCCGUAUCAAACAAUUGCGCAAACUGCGCCACCCGCACCGAGGAGUUGAUUCACUGGAACUUCCUCACCGGGUCGCUUUUCAAGAGCGGAAGCCAUGAAUUUCCACUUAGUUUCCAAUUCCCGGGUUAUCUCCCCGCCUCCUGCAACAGCUCGCUGGGUCGGAUCGAAUACUCCCUGCAGGCGCACGCGCACAGCACCACCGGCAAAGAUUUCAAUUUAGUUUUACCCCUUCACGUCUGCCGUGCCCUCUUCCCCGGUAACGACGAGUCAUCCAUUCGAAUCUUCCCACCUAUGAAGCUCACCGCCAACACCGUACGGCCAUCAGUCGUCCACCCGAUCGGCCAUUUCCCCGUCCAGAUAAGUUUAAGCGAUAUGGUUAGCAAGAGCGAAACACAAAGAUGUUGGCGCCCUCUCAAGAUGAUGUGGUGUAUUGAAGAGCACCAGAAAAUUGUGUCGACCGCGUGCCACAAGCACGCCCACAAAAACGACGGCGAGGGCAAAGGCGUAUUGCAUCAGAAGACGCGUGUCAUUGGCCGCAACGAAGAGAAGAACGGGUUGAAGACGGACUUCAACGCCGCGGGCGCUGGAGUCAGCAUUCAUUUCGAGGCCAGUAUCAACCCAACGACCAAUCCAGCGUGCGACGUGGAAGCCCACGACGGCCUGGAGGUUAAGCACGACCUCGUCAUCGAACUCAUCGUGGCCGAGGGCAUCCGCCCGAAUCGCAAGAUCCCCCUCAUCACGCCCGCCGGCGCUGCUCAUGUGUUCCGCAUGCGGUUUCAUCUACCAGUCACGGAGCACAGCGGUCUCGGUAUCAGCUGGGAUAAGGAGGUGCCCCCAGUGUACGGGGAUGUCCCUGCCAGCGCGCCGAAUUAUGCUAAGCUUUAUAACACCAAUAUUACCAUGGGGAAUUGGCACGUGUCACCAUCUCCGCUGCCGUAUUAG